GGACGGCGCGUUGGGUUAUCCCAGAGUGUGUGCGCUGUACCUGCGGUCGCCUUCGUUCCCCAGUGGCCGGCGGAAGCCCGGACGCUGGGAGUCGAGGUUGCUCCGGUUGCACACCAGGCCAGUGGCUGAUCCUGAGCCUCCAUGUACCACAGGGGCCCCCCGGGAAGAAUGGCCACCAUGGGCAGUCUGCUUGGGGGCACCGGUCCCACUGUGAGGACCCUUGUGACCUCCUCUCACCCUAACCACCUCUGAGAGGCCCCACUUCCAACAGCACAUCAUGGGAGUCGGGGCUUCAGUGUCAGAAUCCGGGGGAGACACGAAGGUCCGGGCCACAGCACUAGGUCUCUGUUCCCCUGGAAGUCUGGUUCCUGCCCGAUGCUGGCGUCCAGUGCCUGAACUGUACAGCCAGCCCUCACCAGGGAUGGUGCCUGAAGCCCACUGGGGUCUGCGCUGCCGACCUCUGCCUUCACACCUCUGAAAGCCUCGUGAUCUUGCCCAGCUGCUAUGACCAUGCCCUGUUCUGGUGCAGGUCACUGUGUGCACCCUCGGGAGCUGGACAGCUGGGCCCUGUGGGUACUCCAGUCCCCGCACCAGCCACUGACCCACGCACAUGCACGUCUGUGUCUGUAGCCUACUGCGGCAGCACGUGCUGAUGGGGGCUGCCCCUGCGUGUCGCCACCUGCACCUGUCCUCCCAGAUCGCUGACAGCAACAGGGCCUCACUCACGCGCGUGCGCCGGCAAGCCUAUGCGCGCCUCUACCCUGUGCUCCUGAUCAAGCAGGAUGGCUCCACCAUCCACAUCCGCUAUCGGGAGCCACGGCGAAUGCUUGAGAUGCCCGUGGAUCUGGACGCCCUGUCCCCAGAGGAGAGGAGGACCCGGUUCCGGAAACGCAUGGCCCAGCUCACAGAGCAAAAGCAGCAGGAGCCAGAGCUGGGCGACGACUUUGAUGUGGAGCGGUACAAGCAGUUUUGGACCAAAAAGUGACUGUGCCUGGAAGCUGGCCGGGUUGGGGACACCGUGGGUGGGGAGGGUGAGCCUUUAAACAUAGUGUGUUCACAAAGC